AUGUUGCUCGUCUUGCCAGCGAUGGUUUUGCAACUCUGUCAAGCCAUUAUGGUGGCCUCUGUCAGCGUGGACCGUCUGGACGAGCAUCUCAUGGCGACGGCACUUAUCCAGACGAAUGUCAUUGGUCCAAGAGCCGCGAAACCUUCUGUGACUUCAACAGAGACAAAUGGACGGCCUGAGACCAAAGGAGACGCGACUGCGGCUGUGGCGAACCAAACGGCCAAGGAAAACAGAGAGAGCAAUGCGAGCACAGAGUCCAAGAGACCACGAAUAGUGGCCGACUCUAACAGCUCAGCUCAGAGUGCGAAAGCAAGCAAGGGCAGCAACAGCACGCAAGAAACUGCCAAGUCUGAGCAACUCCCGGCAGCCAGCAAAGGAGCCGGGUCGAAGCAUGCAGGGGCCGAGGCCUCCGAAGAGGCUUCGGUCGCGAAAGAAGGUCCAUCCAUAGCGAAGGUGGACAGCAGUUCCGAGAAGGCGGAGGCGGCUCAGGAGCAGCAAGCAGAAGCUGAAAAAAAGGAGGCAGAAUCCACUGUUCUCGGAUGGACGCCAGACGACAAUGCCACCGCUGCCGUCAACUACGCCUCAUCCUACGACUUGCAGAGCUCCAGGGGAAGUGUUCUCCUCUGGACGAUGGCCGCGACCUACGGCGCCCUGACGGUGCUGGCGCUCUUGCUCUUCAUGAUCUGUGCUGACAGGCAGAAAUAUGCGGCGCAGCUUCAGGCGGAGAAGGCCAUGGCUGCGAGAAGCGCCAGGCCAAUGUUGUGA